ACCUUAUUUCCGCACUUGUGCAGUCGUGUGAGUCGAUACUACGCCGCUUGUCCCUCCCACACCUCCUCCUCCCUCCUCCACCGUCUCCUCACGCCCCGCCUCAUCACCGUGAGGAAUUAGUUUUUUCAGCCCAUUUAUUUUUUUUUUCCUUUUUUUUUUCCUUUUUUUUUUUUCUAUCCGUCACAUGGGCCCUUUGGGUGCAAUGUGAGCUGUCGACACUGGCUGCGGCUCGUCUGAACAUUAUGGGGAUUUAACAUAGGGCAUAGCAAAGAAAAGAAAAAGAGGACACUCCGCAUCUUUCUCUCUGCGUCUGUAAAGGCAUCAGCAGAGGAUCAUGCAACAUCUUAAUCCAUGGCGAGCUCUGCUCCUUUUAACCGUGCUGUGCCAACCAGGAAUCUCAGACAAAUACGGUUGCCUGUUUGAGAGAAAACUGUGCACGGGUGAUCAGUUCUGCUCAGAUGAUGGGCUAUUUGGUCAAUGUCGUACCUCUAAUCAGGACCAGGUCCAAUACCAGGUGACAGUUCCUGUUCUGAAGAGGAUGCAGGAAGUCCUUAAAGAGCUCAUGCUAAAAGGUCUUUCCUGGCAAAACGACAUCACCCAGUAUAUUUUGUCAAAGGAGCUGAAGAGAGUACCUCAUACCACCCAACCCUCAAAGCCAAACACCCCCCCCUCCUCCUCCUCCUCCUCCUCUCAUUCAUCUCAGUCCAAACAGCUCAACCUCCCUUACCACCGCAGUGCUAAGUCAGGUUCUACAUCUCCUGGAGGAAACUAUGUAGACUACAUGAUUGUUGAGCCUCCCCAGUCCCCACUACGCAUGCAGACAGCCUCUAUGGACCCAUACACAUACCACCAGCAUAGGUACCAAGAUGUAGAGCGAUCACUCCUUGGGGCAGGAGGCGGUUAUGCCCGCCCCUCUUCAAGGUCUCAGACCAAUCAGAGAGAGCGAGAGCGUGACAGGCAGCUGCUACAGGAAGCCUUGUCUCACUACCUGGCAUCUGCACAGCCUUCUUAUCGCCAACGAGGCGCUGCUCCCAUGGCUCCUGCAGGUCUGCCUUAUUAUGAGGACUUUGAGGUGGAGAUACCAGUGGACUAUGUGGAAGACUACACCCUAGAGGAGAGACUUGGUACUGCUGGCAGACAACACCAACAACAACAACAACAACUUCAACAACAACAACUACUACAACAACAACAACAACAACAACAGCUGCAGAAUAAAAAAGUUCCUCAGGACUUCAGCUCUCUGUCUGGAAAUGCAAAUGAUGACCUGCUCCAGAGGAUGUCAGGAGUCUUGCAGAGGUACGGAACCGACCCCAGAGAGCUCAGUCAAGAGCAGCUCUACAAACUAGCCCUCGUCUUGCAGCUGCUGCAGGCCCAAGACAAGACAAAUCCAACUGAGAAAGACCUCAUCACACUCAAGGAGAUGCAGCUGUUAAAAACAGACAGUGUGUCCCAUAAGCCAGCAAAGCCUGCCCCUGUUCCCGGUCCCCCUGCUGCACCUCCUGCAACGUCCUCUGCCUCAGUCCCAGCCACACCUCCAGCCAAGAGCGCCAGCAAGUCCCCUUCUGCUUCCCAACCUCCGCAGGUUGCUCCUGCUGAAGCUGGACAUGGCUUGAAGGAGCAGGGGCCGCCAUUGGUUGAGGGUACAGGAGCCAAGGAGGAGUAUGGGUACAUUAUCACCAACCAGAGUCAUCUGAGUUUGUAUGAAGGAGUGAAGCUGUUGGAACUGCUGGCCGAUAAAAUACACCUGACAACCAGCAGCUUUAUCAACAUCAGCGUGGUGGGUCGUGCGCUGACGUUUCGCAUCCGCCAGAAUGAACACAACAUGACGGCUGCAGAGGUGGCUGCUAAAGCUGUUGCUGAAAAGAACUUCCUGGAGUCUGAGACGGGCCUGAAGAUUGAACAGGCUGGUGUGGGAGAGAGGACAGAUGCACGGGGUCAUCCUCAGGUGAGCAAGGUUUCCGAGGGCUCCAGCGGGACAGUUAUCACUGCUGUUUCCAUGGCAGUCGUAGGAGGCGUGCUGGUAUUGGCCAUGGCUGUAGCUUGUCUCAGACACUACACUCAGCAAGUGGCCAAUGGCAAGCUAGGCCUUGGGCCAGAGGGAGGAGCAGAGACUCACUUUGACUACCAGGAGCUAUGUCGGCAGCACAUGGCAUCCAAAUCCUCCCUGUGCCGCCAGGACUGUGUUGCUGGUGGGAGCAUGGUGGGGUCCGCCAUAGCCACCGGGGCCGGUGGUCGAAGGGGUACGGACACAUCGCGCGUCAGCAGCGUGUCCUCCCAGUUCAGCGAUGGUCCCCAGCACAGCCCUUCCUCCACCCACAGCUCCACACCGUCGUGGAGCGAAGAGCCAGCCCAGUCUAACAUGGACAUCUCUACUGGUCACAUGAUACUGGCGUACAUGGAGGAUCACUUGCGUAAUAAGGACCGACUUCAGAAAGAGUGGGAAGCUUUGUGCUCCUACCAGGCUGAUCCCAGUUCAGUAGCUGUGGCUCAAGGCCCGAGCAACAUGGACAAAAACAGACACGCUGAAUCCCUUCCCUAUGAUCACUCCCGGGUGAAGCUGAAGUCUGAAGUAAACUCCAGUAAACAAGACUACAUAAACGCCAGCAUCAUUUUUGAUCAUGACCCUCGUCAGCCAGCUUAUAUCGCCACACAGGGACCGCUUGCUCACACCGUCGCUGAUUUCUGGCAGAUGGUGUGGGAGAACGGCUGUACGGUGAUUGUGAUGAUGACAGCUCUGGUGGAAGAUGGCGAGAAACAAUGCGAGCGAUACUGGCCUGAUGAAGGCUCAUCGCUCUACCACAUCUACGAGGUGAACCUGGUGUCAGAGCACAUCUGGUGCAAGGACUUCCUUGUACGUAGCUUCUACCUAAAGAAUGUCCAGACGCAGGAGACCAGAACCUUGACGCAGUUUCACCUGCUGAGCUGGCCGGCUGACGGCAUCCCCACCUCCACGCGACCGCUGCUCGACUUCCGUAGGAAGGUGAAUAAAUGCUACAGAGGUCGUUCGUGCCCAAUCAUCGUUCACUGCAGUAAUGGGACUGGCAGGACUGGCACAUACAUCCUCAUUGACAUGGUGCUGAACCGCAUGGCCAAAGGAGUGAAGGAGAUCGACAUCGCAGCCUCAUUGGAGCACAUCAGAGAUCAGAGGCCCGGCUUGGUCCGCACCAAGGACCAGUUUGAGUUUGCGCUGACGGCAGUAGCUGAGGAGGUGAACGCCAUCUUGAAAGCCUUGCCACAGUGAGCGGCAACAGCGGCUGAGAAAGUGAGGACAUGCACAGGCACACGGAAAUAAAAACUAUGAAGACACCCUCGUACAAUGCAGUCAUGUAUGUCUGGCCAUCACUGUAAAUAAGAAUUUAGUCCGCCACACUCGGAGCAGUUACUGCUCUCGUUUUCAGCAUGCAGUAUUUCACCAUCUACUCAUUGUCUCCGGUUUUAAAACUUUUCAGAACUUGAAAGUGCAUUGAAUAAUCUUUAGCAGGGUGAUCUCUAAGCUCUCUUUGCUCUCUGAGGUUUCUACCUAAUUAGACAACAAUGAGGUCAUCAGACGUAAACGUCAAAGAACAGAAACUUACAUAUAAUGUGCCUGAAUCCAGAUGAAAAUUCUGCUUUUGCAAUGACACAGUAUUGAAGCCUAACAUCGAUCACCAAUCUUACUGCCAUCUUUGCUUGAUCAAUCAUUUAUGACCUGAUAGAUCGACAUUAUUAGAUGAUCUGCCAAAAACAUUGAGUGUGUGUUUGGCUGUCCUGUUUGAGCAGUCCGAAUUUUCAACGCCAUGUUCAAUCCCUUCACAAACUAAUUCCCCAUCAUCCAUCUUGCUGAUAUGCAGAUGGGUUUCAGUCCACUUUAACUCUGAGUGUGUGUUGUGUGUGUUGUUACAUGUCCACCAGAAUACUGUAUGCUACUGUCUAGUGUGUGUUUUUAUUUAUGAGGCUUGUCUUUGCCUUGACAACAUGAUUGUUUGCUUUCAGCACUGGUCCCUUUGUAAAAGAUGCUGUACACACUGACCACAAAGUACACGUCGCCUUCUCUCUUUCCCUCUGCACACAGAGUAACUAUGUUUGGGUUUUUUUAACAUCUUACUAAGUGUACGGCCUUGUGAUUACUGUAAAUAAUUCACCCUGAUGAUUGUGUUUAUUUCAUGUAGCAGACAGAUAGAAAAUAUCUAUAAAAAUGUAUUUUUGACUUGAAUAAAUUUGUGAUGUGAUGCAGCAAAAAAAAAAAAAAAAAAA